AUGUCGAGCAGAGCAGGUGGCCUGUACGGCGGCAUCCAAUUCUCUACUGGCGCAACCUUUAGCCUUUCAUCAUCAUCUACAUCUGCUUCGCCUGCAACACCGACGCCUGCAAUCAAAGAAGUUGACAAAGUCGAAACUCCCGUAGCUCUAGAGGCUAUUUCAGCACCAGUACCAAGUAACACAAGCAAUGAUGGAACCAAGGCAGACGAUGGAAGGUGGUCCGCUGCACUUGCGUUCGCUCCCGUCCGUCGUGCACCAGCAAAACCCAAGCCCGCUUUAAGUCGCCUUCCCGUGGGUGCCAAGGCCCUACCCACUCCUGCAACAGCUUCAAUUUCCGCUACCAUGCCAGCUUCGGGCCUUUCCGCAACAGCCGUCGUCUUCGCUCCGCCAGAACUGGUAACUACGGAUCAACAAGAAGAAGCCAAAGAUGAUACCGUCCAGAAGGACUCCACAUGGCGCAAAAAGGAAGGCUGGGGCAAGAAGGUCAAACCUCCAUCCAUGAUCCUUGAUGAAGAUAUCAAUGGCUUCAAGGCUCAACACAAACGCAGGGCUGGCGGAGGUGGUGGUGGAAGGAAGGGGAGGAAGAAUAAGAAUGCCCCAGUUGUGGCGGUAUGGGAUCCGUUGGAGCCGUACGACACUCUGAAGCCGAAUGACUACAACGAAUAUAAAUUAUGGAAGCAACGUGACCGCGUUGAGCGGGCAUCCGAACGUGCGGCUGAAAGGAAACGUGCUCGUGAGGCUCUCGACAGAGGCAGUGAUCACACAGGCAGCGACAGUGAAGGCGAACGCCCAAAAAAGAGUGGGAGAUUUGACAACGGGUCUUUCGAUACGUGGUCUCGCGCAGAUGAUGAACGCCCUCGUGGGCUUGGUGCCAUCAAUACUCCAGCAGUCCAUGUGGAUCGCAAUAUGUCAGGGGAGGAGGCCUUUCAGCGGCGACUUGCAAUGUCUUCUAGUGCUGCUGCUCGAGUACCGUCACCGCUUCCUGUGCCUGUUGAUCUUAACUUAUCGGGUGAGGAGGCCUAUCAGCGCCGCCUUGCCAUGGCCUCGGGAGGUAACCGCCCGCACACGUUCUCUGCAUCCGCAUCCGCAUCCCCUCUCCGUCAACCGUCAUCGGGUGGCACCGAUGACGAGGAAACAAGCCGACCGCCUGUUCCCUUAACGCAGCCAACGCAACUGGUGGUGCCCGUGCCUCCAACGGGUUCUCCUCCUCCAUUGGCAUACAACCCUUUUGCACCACCGGCAAAUAUUCCACCGCCACCACCUCCCCCAUCAUCUCAAAUACCAGUUGCGCUUGAAGACAAGGUCAAGGCCGCUGCAAGUAUUGCAGCACGCCUUAGUGCGCUUGCCGCGACUGCAGGUGGGUCGGGACCAGGAUCAAGUCUACCCGGCGCACCACCGCAAGAAGACACUCAAACACGCUCUGAUUCACAGGGUUUUGCAGCUCGUAUGAUGGCUAAGUGGGGGCACAAGGAAGGUCAAGGUCUGGGUGCUGAUGGGAGCGGUAUUGUAAAUGCCCUCACAGUCGAGCAAGUCGCUGCCCAAGGCAAAGGUAAAAAGGGUCAAAAUCAAACGCAGGGCCAAGGCAAAGUCAAACCAGCUAUGGGCUCAAAGAUGGGUCGGAUUAUUAAUGACAACGAGGACGCGAAGGGUCGUGAAGACCGCUUAAGAUUUGGGGAGCCCAGUCGUGUGGUAGUGCUAACCAAUAUGGUUGGACCGGAGGAUGUGGAUGAUGGCGAUCUGAGAGAUGAAAUUGGUGAAGAGUGUUCGAAGAAUGGAACCGUCGAGCGAGUUAUUGUACAUCUGACUCAACCUCCACCGGCAGACCCAGAGGAAUCUGUCCGCAUAUUUGUAUUGUUUGCGGGCCCCUCUGGUGCGUGGAAAACUGUAAGGGAGUUGGAUGGCAGGUACUUUGGAGGGAGGGCUGUGCGGGCGAGAUACUUUUCGGAAAUUGCUUUCUCUCUGCAUGACUUGGAUAUUCCAAUCGCUUAG